GAGAGUUAUCUACAAAGCUAUAUAUUUAUGGUGUAACAAAUCGAGAGGGUUACAUGCUCGUUUGUCGUAGCGUAUAAACAAGUGGAAGUAUGAUAUAUGUAAAAAUGUAUAAUUAAGUGUGAAGUUCUCGACACUUUGUGUAUUAUUUCUAUUAAAUUUCUGAAAGAGUUGAUCUACCGUAUACAAUACAGAAGAAAGUAUUCGUUGCAUUAGUUUUACACCUUGUUUUCAGUGUAUAAAAAGCAAUCAUGGCUGAUGCUGCAGCGAGACAAUUGCAGUAUGAGUAUAAAGCUAAUUCUAAUCUUGUUUUACAAGCUGAUGUACGAUUAAUAGAAAGACGAAGUAGAGAUGAGGCUACUGGUGAGGUUAUGUCACUUGUUGGAAAACUUGAUGGAACACGUAUGGGUGACAGAGCACAACGUACUAAGCCAGGAAAAGCAGAAGAACGAAAAGUCAAACGUCAGAAACGAGACGAAGCACAAUACGAUUUUGCACGGAUGAAAGGAGCAACAUUGCUUUCUGAAGGUGUGGAUGAGAUGGUUGGAAUUGUUUACCGUCCAAAAACACAAGAAACACGUCAGACAUAUGAAGUACUAUUGAGUUUUAUUCAAGAAGCUUUAGGAGAUCAACCAAGAGAUAUCUUAUGUGGCGCUGCUGAUGAAGUAUUAGCAGUAUUGAAAAAUGAUAAACUUAAAGAAAAAGAGAAGAAGAAAGAAACAGAAUUACUAUUAGGUUUAUUGGCAGAAGAAAGAUUUGCGUUGUUAGUAAAUCUUGGAAAGAAGAUAACAGACUUUGGCAGUGAUGAAAAAAACACUACAAAUGAAGAAAAUAUUGAUGAAACAUAUGGAAUUAAUGUACAAUUUGAAGAAAGCAGUGAAGAAGAUGAUGAAGAUGUUUAUGGAGAGAUCAGAGAAAAUGAUGAUGAAGGAGAUGAAGGUGAAGAAGCUAAUGAUGAUAGAGCAAUUCAUGCUGAAAAUCUAGGCAGUGCAGAGGAGAUGAAAAAAGAGAAACCAUUGCAUCCUUUAGAUAUAGAUGCAUAUUGGUUACAAAGAAGAUUGAGUAGAAUUUAUGAUGAUGCAAUGGUUUCACAAGCAAGAGCUGCGGAAGUUUUAGCAGUUUUGAAAGAUGCCGGCGAUGAUCGUGAUUGUGAAAAUCAGUUAGUACUCUUAUUGGGUUAUGACUGUUUCGAUUUUAUUAAACAACUGAAAAAAUAUAGGCACACAAUUGCUUACUGUACUAUGCUGGCAUCUUCACAGUCUGAAUCAGAACGCCAAAAGAUUCGAAAUAAAAUGAACGAUGAUCCAAUAUUAGCAAAAAUUUUACGUCAGUUGGAUACAGGUAAAGGUGAUGACGAUGCUGAUGAAACAAUGGAAGCAAGAGCACAGCGUAAAAGAAGAGAAGAAAAUGAAGAUACUGGAGGUCCUGGUGGUCAGGUUCAGGGUACAAGAAAUCUAAUAGAUUUAGAAGACCUUAUAUUUGCACAAGGAAGUCACUUUAUGGCGAAUAAACGAUGUCAAUUACCUGACGGUAGUUUCAGAAAACAACGAAAAGGGUAUGAAGAGGUUCAUGUUCCAGCAUUAAAACCAAAACCGUUUGCAGACAAUGAGAAACUUCAUCCGAUUGAACAGUUACCGAAGUAUGUGCAACCAGCAUUUGAAGGCUUUAAAACGUUAAAUCGAAUUCAAAGUCGUCUGUAUCAAACGGCAUUGGAAAGUGAUGAAAAUUUAUUGCUUUGCGCGCCGACAGGUGCAGGUAAAACUAACGUUGCUCUUCUGUGCAUGAUGCGUGAAAUUGGCAAACAUAUAAACGCAGAUGGCACGAUUAACAGUGAUGAGUUCAAAAUAAUCUAUGUUGCACCGAUGCGUUCGUUGGUACAAGAAAUGGUUGGAACUUUCGGUAAACGAUUAUCUACGUAUAACUUAACUGUGUCAGAAUUAACUGGUGAUCAUCAAUUGACACGAGAACAAAUAGCUGCAACUCAAGUUAUAGUAUGCACUCCUGAAAAGUGGGAUAUUAUAACAAGAAAAGGAGGCGAGAAAACUUUUACUUCGUUAGUCAGGUUGAUUAUUAUUGAUGAAAUUCAUUUAUUACAUGACGAAAGAGGACCUGUCUUAGAGGCUUUGGUUGCUAGAACAAUUCGAAAUAUUGAGACAACGCAAGAAGACGUAAGAUUAAUUGGUCUUUCAGCUACAUUACCUAAUUAUCAAGAUGUAGCUGCAUUUUUGCGUAUAAAGCCAGAAACAGGUUUAUUUUACUUUGAUAAUAGUUUUAGACCUGUAGCUUUAGAACAGCAAUAUAUUGGUAUCACAGAGAAAAAGGCACUAAAACGUUUUCAAGUAAUGAAUGAAAUUGUUUAUGAGAAAACAAUGGAACAUGCAGGUAGAAAUCAAGUUCUCAUCUUUGUACAUUCACGGAAAGAAACUGGAAAAACAGCACGUGCUAUUAGGGACAUGUGUUUGGAAAAAGAUACAUUAGGACAGUUCCUUAGGGAAGGAUCCGCAUCUAUGGAGGUUUUAAGAACAGAAGCUGAACAAGUUAAAAAUCAAGAACUUAAAGACUUGCUGCCUUAUGGGUUUGCUAUUCAUCAUGCUGGUAUGACGAGAGUGGAUCGAACCUUGGUUGAAGAUCUCUUUGCCGAUAGACAUAUACAAGUUCUAGUCUCCACUGCUACGUUAGCUUGGGGAGUUAAUUUACCGGCACAUACCGUUAUUAUUAAAGGAACUCAAGUUUAUAAUCCGGAAAAGGGUAGAUGGGUUGAAUUGGGUGCAUUAGAUGUAUUGCAGAUGUUGGGUAGAGCCGGUCGUCCCCAAUACGACACAAAAGGAGAAGGCAUUCUUAUCACAAAUCACAGUGAAUUGCAAUAUUAUUUAUCUCUUUUAAAUCAGCAAUUACCUAUUGAAUCACAACUGAUCAGUAAAAUGUCGGACAUGUUAAAUGCAGAAAUUGUCUUGGGUACUAUUCAAAACAUUCGAGAUGCCGUUACUUGGUUGGGAUAUACAUAUUUGUAUAUUAGAAUGCUUCGCUGUCCAAAUCUGUAUGGCAUAAGCCAUGAUAAAUUAAAAGAAGACCCAUUACUUGAAUUACACAGAGCAGAUCUUAUUCAUUCCGCAGCAGUAGGCUUAGAUCGCAGUGGUUUAAUAAAAUAUGAUCGAAAGUCAGGAAAUUUCCAAGCUACUGAAUUGGGUCGAAUAGCGUCUCAUUAUUACUGCACGCAUGAUACUAUGGCUACAUAUAAUCAGCUACUGAAACGUACUUUAAGCGAAAUUGAACUGUUCAGGGUAUUUUCAUUAUCCGGCGAAUUUAAACAUAUAAAUGUUCGAGAAGAAGAAAAAUUAGAAUUACAGAAGUUAAUGGAAAGAGUACCUAUCCCGGUGAAAGAAAGCAUAGAAGAAGCAAGUGCGAAAGUUAAUGUACUUUUACAAGCGUACAUUUCUCAACUAAAACUGGAAGGAUUUGCGCUUAUGUCAGAUAUGGUAUUUGUUACACAGUCUGCAUCAAGAUUAAUGAGAGCAAUUUUUGAGAUUGUUUUGUUUCGCGGCUGGGCACAAUUAGCUGAUAAGUGUUUAUCAUUGUGCAAAAUGAUAGAUAGGAGAAUGUGGCAAUCAAUGUCCCCUUUGAGACAAUUCCGUAAAAUGCCAGAAGAAAUUGUGAAAAAAAUAGAAAAGAAGAAUUUUCCAUGGGAAAGGCUGUAUGAUCUUGGACCAAAUGAAAUUGGGGAAUUAAUUCGAGUACCUAAAUUAGGUAAAACUAUUCAUAAAUAUAUUCAUCAAUUUCCGAAAUUAGAAUUAUCAACACAUAUUCAACCGAUAACGCGUUCUACAUUAAGAGUAGAACUAACUAUUACACCCGAUUUUCAAUGGGAUGAGAAAGUACAUGGCGCUUCAGAAGCAUUCUGGAUUUUAGUUGAAGAUGUAGAUUCUGAAGUAAUACUUCAUCACGAAUAUUUUCUAUUGAAAGCCAAAUAUGCCGUAGAUGAACACUUAAUCAAAUUUUUCGUACCUGUUUUUGAGCCUUUACCACCACAAUACUUUUUACGAGUUGUAUCCGAUAGAUGGAUCGGUGCAGAAACUCAAUUACCAGUUAGUUUCCGUCACUUAAUCCUUCCAGAAAAGAAUUUACCACCAACUGAAUUGCUUGAUUUACAGCCCCUUCCAAUUACUGCCUUGCGCAAUUCUAAAUUUGAAGGUAUCUAUACGGAUAAAUUUCCACAAUUUAAUCCAAUUCAAACACAAGUAUUCAAUGCUGUUUAUAAUUCAGAUGAUAAUGUGUUUGUUGGAGCACCUACAGGUUCGGGAAAAACAACAGUAGCAGAAUUUGCAGUAUUACGUUUGCUAAUUCAGAAUCCGGAGGGUAGAUGUGUGUAUAUGGUCAGUAAAGAAGCUCUAGCAGAAUUGGUAUAUGCAGAUUGGUCAAUAAAAUUUAAUCAACUUUUGGGCAGAAAGGUGGUAUUGCUAACUGGUGAAACAGGUACAGAUCUUAAAUUGCUCGCGAAAGGACAAAUUAUAAUUACAACUGCAGAUAAGUGGGACGUUUUGUCACGAAGAUGGAAACAAAGAAAGAAUGUACAAAAUAUUCAACUUUUUAUUGUUGAUGAGCUUCAAUUAAUUGGCGGCGAAGAGGGGCCUGUAUUGGAAAUAGCAUGCUCAAGAGCUCGUUAUAUUUCUUCUCAAUUGGACAAACCAACCAGAGUUAUAGCAUUAUCAGCUUCACUUGCAGAUGCUAAAGAUGUAGCUCAGUGGUUAGGUGCACCUGCCGCAGCAACUUUCAAUUUUCAUCCAUCUGUUCGACCUGUACCCUUAGAGCUACAUGUACAAGGAAUAAAUAUUACUCAUAAUGCAUCUAGAUUGGCUGCUAUGGCAAAACCAGUAUACAAUGCAAUAUUGAGAUACGCUACUCACAAACCAGUUAUUGUUUUUGUUCCUACACGCCGCCAAGCUAGAUUGACAGCUAUUGAUUUAUUGACUUUCACUGCAGCUGAAGGACAACCUUCCCGAUUCUUUCACGCAGAAGAAGCGGAUAUUAAACCAUUUCUCGAUAGGAUGACUGACAAAACAUUAAAGGAAACGCUUUCGCAAGGAGCUGCUUAUCUUCAUGAAGGAUUAUCUGCUGAUGACAGACGCCUUGUUGAACAGCUGUUUGAUAGCGGCGCUAUUCAAGUAGCAAUUGUUACAAGAGAUCUUUGUUGGGAUUUAUCUAUUAAUUGUCAUCUUGUAGUUGUUAUGGACACUCAGUGCUAUAAUGGAAAAACACACGCUUACGAAGAUUACCCAAUUACAGAUGUGUUGCAAAUGGUAGCUCGAGCAAAUCGUCCAUUAGAGGAUGAUGAUGCUAAAUGUGUUCUACUUUGUCAGAGUUCAAAGAAAGAUUUCUUUAAAAAAUUCCUGAACGAACCGUUGCCUGUAGAAAGUCAUUUGGAUCACAGACUGCACGAUCAUUUUAAUGCGGAAAUAGUAACAAAAACGAUUGAGAACAAACAAGAUGCAGUUGAUUAUCUCACAUGGACUUUCUUAUAUAGACGACUUACACAAAAUCCGAAUUACUAUGGAUUACAAGGUGUUACGCACAGACAUUUGUCUGAUCAUUUGUCUGAAUUGGUUGAAAGCACAUUAAGCGAUUUAGAACAAGCGAAAUGUGUUGCUGUGGAGGAUGAGAUGGAUACUUUACCAUUAAAUCUUGGAAUGAUUGCAGCUUAUUAUUAUAUCAAUUAUGCGACAAUUGAAUUAUUCAGUCUUUCUUUAAAUAAUAAAACCAAAAUUAGAGGUUUGUUAGAAAUUAUUUCAGCAGCAGCAGAAUAUGAAACAGUACCAGUUAGACAAAGAGAAGAAAAUUUGUUACGAAGUUUAGCGGCACGUCUUCCCCAUGCUCCGCAAGCCACAAGAAUGGCCGAUCCACAUGUAAAAGCACAGCUUCUAUUACAAGCGCAUUUGUCUCGAAUACAACUCGGCCCAGAGCUUCAAAAAGAUACGGAAUUAGUGUUAAGCAAAGCUGUUAGGUUAAUACAAGCUUGCGUUGAUGUUCUUAGUUCCUCUGGUUGGCUGGCACCAGCAGUUGCCGCUAUGGAACUUGCACAAAUGGUUACACAAGCAAUGUGGUCUAAAGAUUCUUAUUUAAAGCAGUUACCGCAUUUUACUUCUGAAACAAUUAAGCGUUGUACCGACAAAGGAGUGGAAACUGUAUUUGAUGUAAUGGAAUUAGAAGAUGAUGACAGAAAUCGUCUUUUACAAUUGUCUGAAACACAGAUGGCAGAUGUUGCCAAAUUUUGUAAUCGUUAUCCCAACAUUGAAAUGUCCUAUGAAGUUCAAGAUAAAGAUAAACUGCGUAGCGGUGGCACCGUGAAUGUUAUUGUUCAACUUGAAAGAGAAGAUGAAGUAACUGGACCAGUUGUGGCACCUUUCUUUCCACAGAAGCGUGAAGAAGGAUGGUGGGUGGUUAUUGGUGAUCCAAAGACUAACUCUCUGCUGUCUAUUAAAAGAUUAACGUUACAGCAGAAAGCAAAAGUUAAACUUGAUUUUGUAGCUCCUGCCCCUGGGCAACAUUCUUACACUUUGUAUUUUAUGAGUGAUGCUUACUUGGGAUGCGAUCAAGAAUAUAAAUUUACCAUAAAUGUAGGAGAAUAUGAGUCAGAUGCAAGUUCGGGGUCAGAGUCAGAUUAAGAAAAAUAGGUUCACAUAUUUUGACAACUGUAUUAGUAUAUUAAAAAGAACUAUGGUCACAUCUUCUUCAUUUGUGAAAUGUCAUUUAGUUUUAUAUUCAACUGUAAAUGUAAUAUAUAUAUAUAUAUAUAAGAAUAGAUUUGUCAAGUGUAAGGAGUAUGACUCAUUAUUAUUUAAUAAGAUAGGAUUCAAUAAUAAAUAAUUAUUUUUUACCAUUUAUAAACAGAAUCAACAUAAACUAUUUAGCUUUCCUUUUUGUUUUAAUCUGGAACAAUAAGACAUAUUGGUAAAGACAAUAUGUAACUUGUUUCAUUUGUAUAAUUUAAAUUCUUUUUUGACAUUAUUAUUAAUUAUUGCAUUUAUAGGAAAAUUUCGAAAAAGUACAAACAUUAUAAAGAAU